UCAAUCAUGGCCGAUUUAUUGCCCCUUAAUGAGAUACGACAAUAUAUACCAAGAUUAACAGAAUAUCGCUGGAAGAUUGCUCGUGUUCACCGUUUACAGUACGGAAGAGGCGUACCCGUGCCAACUAGCCGUGUACAUCCAGGAAGGUCAGCAAGACCAUUUUCUAUCCUUUAUCACUAGCCCCCAURUUGUACAAGAUCUGCCAUUUGGCCAAAAGCGUUUAAAGUUAUCAAACGGCACGGUCGUCGAGACACCAAAUGUAAUUCGUUCAGUGAUAUCGUCGAGGAUAUGUGCACAGUACAGUCAGUUAUGCGAAGAGACAGGCUUUAAACCAUUCAGCGAAGCAACAAUGAGGCGUGUCCUGUCAGAGUGUAAUGCCACAGGGAGAAAGUCUCUCCAGGGUCUCGAUUACUAUWAUGCAGAGGGAGCAAAGGCGUUUGAUGAGUUGAGUAAUAUUGUGAAGGAGAUUGAACCAGUUCGUGAACCUGGAUGGGCUGCAAACUGCGAGAGAACACUGCGUGAAAGUAAACAGUACAUUAAAUCAGACUUCAAGGUUCAUAUUACAGAAGCAAACCAAGUACCUGACCACUGUCUAGCAUAUGCUUUAAGUCAGAGUUCAGAUCCUUUCUUAAAAGAAUGUAACCACCAGCAUGAUUUUUCCUGCUCCUCCUGUGAAAAGUUGAAGACGGUACUCACCAAUAUCAAGAACACUCUAGCUGAUAGUAAAAACACUUCCGUCAGAAGAUCAAUGGGAUGA